AUGUAUUGGUCUAUUCUUCAUUUUCUCGCAGCAGCGCUGCCCGCUGCGGCUUUGGCUACGAAUAAUUCAUGCACACUCGUGGAGUCCAAGAUUCCAAGGCGCAUCUCAUACCCCGGUUCAACAACAUACAAUUCGUCCAUCUCAUCCUACUACGGCGACCAUGAGCGCGCUUUGAGUCCAAAUUGUAUCUUCAGGCCUACCACCACUGCGGAAGUAUCUAAGUUCGUCAAGUUGAUGACUGCUAAUAACUCCACGAGCAAGUUCGCCGUUAGGGGUGGGGGACACACCUUCUGGACUGGCGCGGCAAACAUUCAGCCUGGCAUAACUGUCGACCUGCGCCUCAUGAAUCAAGUAGAGUUGAGCGACGAUCAAAGGAUUGCUCGCAUUGGAGGGGGCGCAGUAUGGGAUAUCGCUUACUCGCACCUUGUACCGCAUAAUCUGACUGUUAUGGGAGGCCGUAUUCCCGGGAUCGGAGUCGGAGGCUUUGCCACUGGAGGUGGAAUUACCUUCGCGUCACGCGAGCACGGUUUCAGUUGCGACAAUAUCCACGGGUACGAAGUUGUUCUCGGAAGUGGUGAAGUCAUCUAUGCAGAUCAAAACUCCCACCCUGACCUUUGGCUCGCGUUGAAAGGCGGCUCCAACAACUUUGGCAUCGUCACACGCUUUGAUGUGGCUACAAUCCCUCAGGGAAAUAUGUGGUAUAGCAUGCUUAAUUACAAUUAUACCAACGCCACGUUGUGGGCUCACGCCAAAGCCUUCAGCAACUUUAUGAAGCCAGAAAAUCAUGAUGGCGCAGCCAUGAUGGGAAUGUUCCUGGACUUUGUAGACGGUAAGCUCCUUCUUUCUGAUGCCAUGUGGUAUACAGAGGAGGUUCAGAAACCCGCCGUUUACGAUGCUUUCACGGAGAUUCCGAACUUGGGGGGGGUGGCGGAGCUCAACACUACUGACCACGUCGUGAGCAAGUUCGGGGAGAAUAUCCCAUCCAAGGUGGAACGGGGUUUCCAACUCACUUUUUCGUUCCAUAACCCGGAUCCUAUGGUCUACAUGCAGCUCUUCAAGAUCUGGGAGAAGGGAUUGAACAAGAUUGCGAAUGUGGAAGGCAUCUUCGUCGAGUUCCUGACUCAGCCUCAUCCUGUUACUAACGGCACCAACAUGUUCGGUCUGACGCCUGGCAAGACUGACGACGUCAUGGUCGAUAUGACUGCUACCUACGCCAAGAAGGCAGACGAUGCCGGGGUCAAGUCCGUCAUCACGGACAUUGUGAACCAGCAGCGUGCUGUCUUGAAGGCUCAUGGAUAUCUCAUCGACUUCAUCUAUCUCAAUUACGCCGACAUCUCACAGAAGGUGCUCCAGAGCUGGGGGGCGGAUAACGUUGCCAAGCUGCGAGCUAUCAGCAAGAAAUACGACCCCAAGGGUGUGUUUCAGAAACAGGUUCCUGGUGGUUACAAGAUUCCAAUGUAA